AAGGGAACGACUCCCCUCCCCCGACCCCAUUAUUGUGUUCAAAAGAGUUUUGAUGUGGUUCUCUUUGGGGUGGAGGUUUUUGUCUUAUCACUAGUUUAGGGCUCUUUCUGUGUUAUCUGUUCACAAGUAAUGUGGGUUUUCAAAACCACAAGAACCACAAAACAUAUAAUCCCUUCCCUGUUCUGCCAGUUGGGGUGCUUUUCGUGUCCAGGGGAUAGAAGGAGCCCUUUAGCUGAACGUGAGGAAUCCGGUGUGGUUUGAAGGCAAGAAUGAGCCUUUGGGCACGGGAGGGCAUUUUGCACCUGCAGAGGCUGAGGCUGGUGGGCAUGACCAGGCAUGGGGACCCUGCUGCCGUGGGACCCUGAGAGGCCCUCUGUGCUGUGCACGGGCGCAAGGACAGGGCCAGGGACAAAGCAGUGGCAUGAAGACCCGUGUCGCCGGAGCCGUCGGGGCAGUGCUCCUACCAACAAAGGAACACCUGGUUACGAAUGUCACCGCGUGGGGCCCAGCUCCCUGCUUUGAGCUCCCGGGGGGCGGUUCGGAAACAGCUGUGUGAACCUUGUCCAGCCUCCGCUCGGCAUCCACAAAACCAGGGUAAUAAGACGUGCUUUGCCCAACGCGCUCCUGCAGAGCUGCUGUGAGAGAGACCUCUGCCCAGACUGCGCCGCUCUGCUGGAACCGAAGAAUGAAUGAUUCCUGGCCCAGCUGAUGGUUUUUCUCAUCAGUUUCGUGAGCUCCGUGUUCUGUGGGCACCUGGGGAAGCUGGAAUUGGACGCGGUCACGCUGGCGAUUGCGGUGAUCAACGUUACGGGUGUCUCCGUGGGGUUUGGCUUGUCCUCUGCUUGUGACACCCUCAUCUCCCAGACAUACGGCAGCCCCAACAAGAAGCACGUGGGGGUCAUCCUGCAGCGGGGCGCCCUGGUCCUGCUGCUCUGCUGCCUCCCCUGCUGGGCGCUCUUCCUCAACACCCAGCACCUCCUGCUGCUCUUCAGGCAGGACCCGGCCGUGUCCAGGCUCACCCAGAGCUACGUGACCGUCUUCAUCCCGGCUCUUCCUGCGACCUUCCUGUACACUUUACAAGUGAAGUACCUGCUCAACCAGGGCAUUGUCCUGCCCCAGAUCGUGACUGGAGCCGUAGCCAACCUGGUCAACGCACUCGCCAACUACCUGUUUCUCUAUCCGCUGCGCCUUGGGGUGACGGGCUCGGCGCUGGCAAAUACGGUUUCCCAGUUCGCCCUGGCUCUGCUCCUCUUUCUCUAUAUCGUGGUGAAGAAGCUGCACCGCGACACCUGGGGAGGGUGGUCCUGGGAGUGCCUGCAGGACUGGGCCUCCUUCUUCUCGCUGGCCGUCCCCAGCAUGCUCAUGCUGUGCAUCGAGUGGUGGGCCUACGAGAUCGGGAGCUUCCUGAGCGGUACCCUGGGCAUGGUGGAGCUGGGAGCCCAGUCCAUUGUGUAUGAGCUGGCUGUCAUCGUGUACAUGGUACCCACAGGCUUCAGCGUGGCCGCCAGCGUCCAGGUGGGGAACGCACUGGGGGCCGGAAACAUCGAGCAGGCCAGAAGGUCCUCGGUUGUCGCCCUGGUGGUCACAGAGCUUUUCGCAGUAACCUUCUGUGUCCUGCUCCUGAGCUGCAAGGACCUUGUGGGCUACGUUUUCACCAAGGACCGGGAAAUCAUUGCCCUGGUGGCCCAGGUGGUUCCGAUUUACGCUGUUUCCCAUCUCUUUGAGGGUCUGGCGUGCACCUGUGGCGGCGUGCUGCGGGGGAGCGGAAACCAGCGGGUCGGGGCCAUUGUCAACGCCAUCGGGUAUUAUGUGGUCGGUCUUCCCAUCGGGAUUUCGCUGAUGUUUGCCACUGGACUUGGAGUGAUCGGUCUCUGGCUCGGAAUCAUCAUCUGCACCAUCUCCCAGGCCGUGUGUUUUCUGGGCUUCGUUGCUCGGCUAAACUGGAAAACAGCCUGCCAGCAGGCUCAGGUCCACGCCAAUUUGAAACUAAACGUGGCCCAGGACGGGACCGCAGUUCUCUCGGGGGAGCCGCCCUACCCAGGGGGCCCUGAAAACCUCGGAGGAGUUUUGCUGAGAGAUGUUGCCAAAAAAGAGGCGACCCCGUUGGGUCAGCAGCCGCCCCAGGAAGAGCACGUGGAGGUUCAUCCCAGAGCCGAGCCGACGUUGUCGGGGAGACAGUUGCUGCUGCGUCGAGGGCUGCUGCUCCUGGGGGCCGUGUCCCUCUUGCUGGUGGGGAUUUUACUGAGAGUGUAUGUCAGGAUUCAGUGACGGGGCAGGAGAGGGUCAGGUCACGUGAUGAGAGGGAGCCCGGCAGGUCACGUGAUGCUUGUGCUGCCGAACAAAGAAUUCACCGGCCCUGAGGCAGCAGUUCGUUUUCAGGGGACUUUAUGGAUGUCCCGAAGGGAGGGUUCCAAGGUAUUUUCUGAUGAAGAAAAGGAACUAAUGUAAAAAAAUACAUGUUAGCCCAAGACAGCGCCUGUUUUAACCGAGGACCCCGAGCGCUGGCUGCCUGGAUGGAGGGCUUCGAUGUUUCUUCUGCUUACUGGCUUCUUGUUCUUUAGACACAAUCCCACAUACCGAGGAUACUUAAGGAUUCUUACUCUCUGAAUUAUUUAAAAUAUAUUUUACAAUGUA